CGCCUGCUCCUCCGCGCACGCACGCACGCACGCACGCACGCACGCACGCACGCACGCACGCACGCGCCCGCUCCCUCUGCCUCCAGCGCCUCCUGACCCGGAUCAUGGCCGCCAACGCCAGCGCCGGCGCCGACCCGGCCGCCGCCUCCAACCACAGCGGCUGCGACGUCUUCGUGGACCAGCGCGCGGCCGCCGUGCUCUUCCCCGUCUUCUACUCCGCCGUCUUCGUGGUCAGCGCCUGCGGCAACGGCCUGGUGCUGUGCGUGAUCUGCCGGCGCCGGCGGAAGCUCAACGCCACCUCCGUCUACCUGCUGAACCUGGCGGCGUCCGACGCGCUGUUCACGCUGGCGCUGCCCGGCAGAAUCGCCUACUACGCGCGCCGCUUCGACUGGCCCUUCGGCGACCUGCUCUGCAGACUCACCACGCUGCUCUUCUUCGCCAACACCUACGCAGGCAUCGGCUUCAUGACCUGCAUCAGCCUGGACCGGUACCUGGUCAUGGUGCGCCCGCGGCGGCUGCAGUGGCUGCGCAGCGUCAAGGUGGUGCGCCGCGCCUGCUGCCUCAUCUGGGCCCUGGUGUCGCUGCAGAUCGCCCCCCUGCUGUUCCGCGGCGCGCUGCGCCAGCACCGCGGCCGCCGCACCUGCAUGGAGUUCCUGGACCUGGACGGGUCGCGCGCCGCCCCCUACCUGCUGCUGCUGGCCUGCGCGCUCUCCUUCUGCGUGCCGCUCGCCGUCAUCCUGGGCUGCUACGCCCGGAUCAACGCGGCGCUGCGGGCGGCGGCGGCGGCGGCGCGCGGCUCCGUGACGGGCCGCACGCGCCGCAGCCACCGGGCCAACACCAUCAUCCUGCUCGUGCUGCUCACCUUCGUGGCCUGCUUCAGCCCGUACCACCUCAACGUCAUGCAGUUCAUGCUGCGCAGGAUCCGGCGGCCGCCGCCCUGCGAGCAGCUGAGGGCCUUCAAGGUGUCGCUGCAGAUCACCGUCUCCCUGAUGAACUUCAACUGCUGCUUGGACCCCGUCAUCUACUUUUUCGCCAUAAAGACCUACAAGAAGCGGGUGAUGAGCCUGUUCAGGGACUAUUUAUAUACUUCCGGCGCAUCCUCCAAGAUCACAGCUGACAACAGCAGCAGCAACACCUGAGCUCCACCGCAGCCCGGUCUAAGUGCGACACCAGCUGCUGAUCCACUUUCCUGCGUCACAUCCGAACGGGCGCCUCGACUCGUUGCAGGAAGUUUGAACAUCCAACAAGCAGAUUGAAAUUGUGCGUGUACAUAUGCAUUGAAGCGCCAGCGGGAUCAAAUUAGCUUAGAGUAGUUUUGCUUCUGUAUGUAUAAAGUGUGAGGGUUUGUGCAGUGACCACAUGUGGUUACGCAACACCUGUGAGCAUGUGCCACACACACACACCCACACACCCACACACACACACACACACACACACGCACGCACACGCACACGCACACGCACGCACACACACACACACACACACACACACACACACACACACACACACACACACACACACACACACACACACGCAGUCAAGCCUCAACCUACUGUAAAUAACUGUGUUAAAGGCUGUGGUCAUCGCUGCUGCAGCCACUUUCGCUUGCUGAGUGUAAACAAACAGACGCAUGUGACCGCAGGAUCUGACUCCAGGUGCCCGAACACACGAGCCCACGUCUGGUUUGUGUGUGGGAGUGUUCAGAUGAGCAGCAUCACCACUUCCUCACCCACCUUUCCUGCUCCCCCGUCGCAGGCCUCAUUCCUGCCUGCUCCCACGCCGCAUUUGAAUCACAAACUUCAGCAGGUGCAGGUUCUUUGUUCUUUUUAUAGAACCGCAUAUUUAAAUCCAACGAUAAUAUUUACUGCCUAUUUUGCUAAAGUGUUAAACUACUUUUUGUAAUUGCUGAUAUUUGACAAUUAAAUGUUAAAAAUAUUAAAUUUUUAUUCAAAAGAAAGUUGUUUAUUGACUCAAUGACAGACAAUUAGAAUAAACAUAUUAAUUGUGGGUCUAAAUAAAAAAAAAUAAAAAAAGCCAAUGGAAAACUGAGAA